CUUAGACCAAGGGACCAUCGUUGUCUCCUUGAGAGCGAAGCCAGCUCAUACAAGUCGACUUCUGCAAAGCCAAGCAGCGCGCAGCGUUCGCGAACCGACGAUUUUCAUUUCUCAUACCCCUCGCGCGGCCCGCGUGUGCGCUGUAACGCCGCACAGCGCGCCCAAACGCGCUCCGCGCCGCUUCGCAGGCUUUAGCGCAUCAAGAGCGCGUCUCGCCGCACCGUUUAAAAGCCGCACCGCGCGCGCGUCACGCCGCGUCCGCACCGCGCAACCGCGCUACACACUCCCGCGUUCGUGCCCCACAAACUCGCAGCCGUGCCGCGGCCACGGCCGCGCCGCGCGCGCGGAGCCCGCCUGGGCGCGGCGCGCCGAGGUCGGCGUGGCCGCCGCGCCCGGCGGCGCGCCGCCGCCGCCGCGCGCCGGGACGAGCCGCGGUCGGCCGCGGCCGGGGUCCUGGCGCGUGCCCUGCGCGGGGCCCGCCGCGAUCGAUCGAUCGCGCGUGCAAAUCACCAAACGCAUCUUCGCCCGCCGUAAACUCACCGAGCGCCCGCACGCAGGCCCGCACUCAUGUCCUCCUACAAUGACGUCCGAAAGAAGUUACUCAACGACAUGGCCGACCGCAACAGAAUUGGCGGCGACGAGGCCGGUGCUGGUGUCUGGGGCGCCAUGGCCGACGGCAAGAUGACCGCGGCCAACUGCGACGAGUUGGCCGAGGAAAUGAAGCACGCGACCGGUCUCACCAUGGAAAGGAAACGCGCCAACGAGGCGACCGCCGGCGAGAAGAGAUCCGUGGGCCAGAUCCACGAGGCCGAUCGCAUCGCGUACGAGAAGAAGGUGUCGUCGGAGGCCGCGAAGAUGAACUUGGCCCGAUGGUCCGAGCUGCAGUUCGUCUUCAACGCGGAGUGCAAGGCCUUGCUGGCCGCGGCCAAGAAGGAGGUGGAGACGUACCCCGACGGUCCCGCGGCCCGGGUGGAAAUGAUCACACGCACGUAGCCUGCCUCACGUGUCGACUCCACACAGGCCCGCCCGAAUUGAGACCGUCCUGGAACGCAUCGAGCAUCUCAGGAACUCGGAAGUGUGUCGGAAAACGCUCAUUUAUCCCCUACUCAAAGGCAGGAUCUUCGUCUGCGAUGGGAAAUGCCCACACGGUUCGGGAUGCACGAAGCACUAUUUGUCCGCACGGGCCCUCUCCCGCCACAAGCAAGGUGCGCCCGGGGGGGGGAGACGAAGGACGGGACUCGAGCUGGCGCGCGAACGCAUUCGAAAUCGGGUGCCGCUGAAGCUGGAGGACGUCGGCUCGUUGAACCACAACGAGGCGAGCGAAUACGCCUGGGCCAUGGGAACGCGCCGGUGGGCGACUGGAACUAAGCGCAACGACCUCCGCGAGGCCUGCAAGUUGUGGUUCAUCGGGCGCGAGACGGAAGAAUUCGUGCCCAGUCUCGAUGUUGCAAAUCGAGAACGGCGAGGCGGCCGCGGCAAUCAAAUCAAAUUCGUGCCCGCGCUUCGGCAAGGCGACGUGUCUUAUGACAUCUGGAGAGAGUACUGGAGGCAGAUUGGUUGCUAACGUGCGGCCCGGUGGUGAGAUCUCGACCAAGCCGUCGGGGCCCUAAGAUUUCUCCUUCGUCGAUGGGCUAGUUUGAGGGGUACCGCCCAUGGCCAC